UUAUUGGUAUUAUUCAGGUACCUGAAUAGGUUCUCUCUUGCAAGUCUGCUUUUUAGUUUAUCUUUAACUGAGCAAAACACGUCAUUAAUCCUUUUAUUCACAUCGUAACAUAGUAUGAUCUUUUGGGGACAUUAAGCCCCUCUUGAUCCCAGGUAAAAAUAAGUUUCAGUAUUUGUUCACAGGUCUGAGAAAAACAGCGACAUGGAAAGAGAAAGAGCGCGAGGUUAGAGAGUGUCUUUCCAAGGCUGAUGGUAUGAUCCUCCUGCCAUGAAGCCACCUGUUGGUGUCUCUCUGCCUAAAGACCACAGUUCCGUAAUCCACGCCGCCCUCGCAGUGCCGCACUCCAGCCCUCAUGAACUCUGAAAGGGCUGAAAACAGUGAAGUCACAUUUCAUUGUUUAAAGACUAUUUAGAAGACAAGAUGGGGACUCCUGGUUCUGGAAGGAAAAGGACACCUGUGAAAGACCGAUUUUCUGCAGAAGAUGAAGCUUUGAGUAACAUUGCCAGAGAGGCAGAGGCAAGGCUGGCAGCAAAACGGGCUGCCCGGGCAGAAGCAAGAGAUAUCCGCAUGAGAGAACUGGAACGGCAGCAAAAAGAGCACUCUCAUCAUUCCUUUGACCGGAAAUGGGGACAGAUUCAGAAGUGGCUGGAAGAGUCGGAAAGGGCCAGGUCUUCCCACAGAUCCAGUCAUCGUCGUCCUUCUCUGGGAGUUGAGGAUGCAUUGUCCAUUCGAAGUCUUGGCAGUCACAGGUAUGAUGCUCUUAAGGAUAGAUCAUCAAGACUUUCAUCAUUAAAUCAUUCUUACAGUCACUCUUACGGAAUGAAGAAGAGAUCUUCUGGUUCUCAUAAAGACCCACUGAGUGGCCUCUACUUUGACCAAAGAAACUAUAGCAGUCUUAGACAUAGCAAACCCACCUCUGCCUACUAUUCUCGGCAGUCUUCCUCCCUGUACAGCGACCCUCUGGCGACAUCCAAGAGCUACAGGGCCUCCUCCACUGUAAAUUCUGGUCUGCUGAGAAGUGCCAGUCUGGUGUCAUUGUAUAAUGGUGGAUUAUAUAACCCUUACGGUUCUCGAACUCCAUCUGAAUACAGUUUUCACUCAUCAAGAGCGAGUUCAUCCCGAAGCAGUCCUGUGUUUCUCGACGAUGACACUGCAAGCAUUGCGUCUUCUGGUUGUGCCAGCCGUGGGCGAAGGGACAGCGUGGUUUCUGCCGCUGAUUAUUUUAGUCGCUCCAAUCGUAGGGGGAGCGUCGUCUCCGACGUGGAUGACGUGAGCAUCCCAGAUCUGACCAGCUUGGAUGAAAAAUCUGAUAAACAGUAUGCUGAAAAUUACACAAGGCCUUCAUCUCGAAAUUCUGCCUCAGCGACGACCCCUCUAAGUGGAAACUCAUCCAGGCGAGGAAGCGGGGAUACCAGCAGCUUAAUAGACCCAGACACCUCAUUAAGUGAAUUGCGGGAUAUCUAUGACCUUAAGGACCAGAUUCAGGAUGUAGAAGGGAGAUACAUGCAGGGGCUUAAAGAACUAAAGGAGUCUUUAUCUGAAGUGGAAGAAAAAUACAAGAAAGCCAUGGUUUCCAAUGCACAGUUAGACAAUGAGAAGAACAAUUUGAUAUACCAAGUAGAUACCCUCAAGGAUGUUAUUGAAGAGCAGGAGGAACAGAUGGCGGAAUUUUAUAGAGAAAAUGAAGAAAAAUCAAAGGAGUUGGAAAGGCAGAAACAUAUGUGUAGCGUGCUACAGCACAAGAUGGACGAGCUUAAAGAAGGCCUCCGACAGAGAGAUGAGCUAAUUGAGGAGAAGCAGCGUAUGCAGCAGAAAAUAGACACCAUGACAAAAGAGGUGUUCGAACUCCAGGAGACACUGCUUUGGAAAGAUAAAAGCAUUAGGGCCCUUGAGAAACUGAAAGAGCACGCGGGCUGCCUCAGGAGCGAGCGGGAUGCGCUCCGGGAGGAGCUGGCCAAGCUGAAGGCAGCGGUGGAGGUGGGAGAGAAACACGGCUUAGUCAUCAUCCCCGACGGCACUCCCAACGGUGACGUCCACCAGGAGCCCGCAGUCGGGGCCAUCACCGUCGUGUCUCAGGAAGCCGCCCAGGUCUUGGAGUCAGCAGGGGAAGGGCCACUCGACGUAAGGCUACGAAAACUCGCUGGGGAAAAGGAAGAGCUACUAUCACAGAUUAGAAAGCUGAAGCUGCAGUUGGAGGAGGAGCGGCAGAAGUGCUCCAGGAGCGACGGCACAGUGGGCGACCUGGCAGAGCUACAGAAUGGCUCGGACCUGCAGCUCAUCGAGAUGCAGAGAGACGCCAACAGACAAAUUAGUGAAUACAAGUUUAAGCUUUCAAAAGCCGAACAGGAUAUAACCACCUUGGAGCAAAGUAUCAGCCGCCUGGAGGGGCAGGUGCUGAGAUACAGAACCGCUGCUGAGAAUGCGGAGAAAGUCGAGGAUGAGCUGAAAGCAGAGAAGAGGAAGCUGCAGAGAGAGCUCCGAACAGCACUGGACAAGAUCGAGGAGAUGGAGAUGACCAACAGCCACCUGGCCAAGCGGCUAGAGAAGAUGAAAGCCAACAGGACGGCGCUGCUGGCCCAGCAGUAGGGCCCCGCCCGGCCCCAGGCCCGCCCCGAGGGGCUGCCCUUCGGCCACUGACGCAGACCCCUUUCAGGACUGUUUGAGCUUUGGCUUUCAGAUAGCCACCUUUGUAUUUUCUAAUUUAUGAGAGAAUGAAACAGGUUUGAAUCUUCAUGAACGAACACUUUGUGUGUAGUUUGAUUCUAGACUAAGAACUAGUCCAUGCCGUUAUUUUUUAUUUCCGUAAUUUUAGAAUCAAGUUUACUCACCAUUUUUCCCCAGCCGCCUCAGUGACUGGGCCCGGCUCUGGAGGACAGCAGCUCAGCGCCUGCUGAGAUACUUCCUGGAGACCUCAGAAACACAAGUGCCUUCUCCACGGUGCAAUUCAGACUACAGUGAUCUCCAGGGGCCAAGAGACACUUACCCUUAAUAUCAGGUAGCGUUUAUAUUUAGUGCAGAAACAAGUUCACAGGUGGGGAAUAUAUGUUUCACUCAAAUUUGUAUGUUUGGAGGAAAAAGCCUUUUUUGUAAGAUAUUUAAAUUUAUAUAAGAAAAUGUUAGAAAAGGAUAUGGGAAGUGUAUAUAAAACUUGUUUUAUUGCAUGGGGCAGGGGCGCCCAGGGCCUGUUGCUCUUAAAGUAAGAGUAGGGUCCUUAGUCUUCACAUCAGCUGUGCUGUAUCUUGUAAAGUAUUUCAUCUGCUGCUUAUUUGUGGAAUGAAACCUCAGACCAGCCCGAUGGAGGAGGAGGGAGGGCAGGCCAGGCAGGCGGAGGUCAGCCUCAAGAGUCUGUUAAACACACCCUUCUGCUGCCUACAGUCGGCUACUGACACAUUCGUUAAGAGGAGCCUUUAAAACAAAUCAUGGCAGUCACGCCCCUCCUAGCUCACAUCCCUCUUCUCUCCUUAAUGAAGAAUAAUCUGAAAUACAGAAUUUCUUUUAAGAACUUUGGUUUCAUCUUUAAAGGUACCCAGUUCAAGAGGAUUUUGCCGUGGAGUGUGUAGCCAUGUUGCAGUAUUUGUGAUUCUCUGUUGUUCUCAGAAUCGAAGUGGUUUUAUGGAAAUGAUUAUUGUAUCUUCAACGUGUUUACACAAAAAAUACGGGGGAAGUCUAAUGAAUUAAGGCCACAUAAGAUAAAAUUAGACAUGAAACUAGGUAAUAAAGUUAACUUAAAUAUGAA